AUGGUGGAGGUGAUGGUGAUGAUGAUGAAGAGGAGGGUGAGGAUGGAUGAUUAUGAUAAAUUACCCCCUUGCAUUUUUUUCAGUGUGAGUAUCCAAAGUAUGGGAAAGUUGUUUACCUAAUUUUAAUUAACAAAGCCUAACCCUUAAGUCCUGUUUCUUGCAACACUGUAGUAAUGAGUAUCAGAGUGUAGAAUUGUGUUUAUAGUAGGUGAUAGAUAAGAUCUUCUAAAUUGAGCAAUUAUUUCCACUGGCAAUGUUUGGCUCCGAUCCAGCAUAUCAGUGUUAUGUUGUACAGCAGGCAGUAGUCUUUCAGAUUGCUAUAGUAUCACAAGGUGCCAUGCAAAGUCAACAUAAGGAGUCUCUCCCCACCCCGUGUAGAGAGCUAAAUACUUUGCAGUGAAUACAUAUCUUCCUUGAUUUUGCAAUGAAGGAACACAUUUAUAUCAGAUAAUUGUGGAUACAUACAGUGCAUUCAGAAAGUAUUCAGAUCCCUUCACUUUUUCCAAAUGUUAUGUUACAGCCUUAUUCUAAAAUGGAUUAAAUUAAUUUGUUCCUCAUCAAUCUAUAUACCGCACCCCAUAAUGACAAAGCAAAAACAGGUUAUUUGAAUUUUUUGCAAAUGUAUUACAAAUAAAAAACAGAAAUACUGUAUUUACAUAAGUAUUCAAACCCUUUGCGAUGAGACUUGAUAUUGAGCUCAGGUGCAUCCUGUUUCUGUUGAUCAUCCUUGAGAUGUUUCUACAACUUGAUUGGAGUCCACCUGUGGUAAAUUCAAUUGAUUGGACAUAAUUUGGAAAGGCACACACAUGUCUAUAUAAGGUCCCACAGUUGACAGUGCAUGUCAGAGCAAAAACCAAGCCAUGAGGUUGAAGGAAUUGUCCGUAGAGCUCCAAGACAGGAUUGUUGUCGAGGCACAGAUCUGGUGAAGGGUACCAAAAAAUGUCUGCAGCAUUGAAAGGCCCCAAGAACACAGUGGCCUCCAUCAUUCUUAAAUGGAAGAAGUUUGGAACCACCAAGACUCUUCCUAGAGCUGGCCGCCCGACCAAACUGAGCAAUCGGGGGAGAAGGGCCUUGGUCAGGGAGGUGACCAAGAACCCGAUGGUCACGCUGACAGAGCUCCAGAGUUCCUCUGUGGAGACGGGAGAACCUUCCAGAAGGACAUCCAUCUCUGCAGCACUCCACCAAUCAGGCCUUAAUGGUAGAGUGGCCAGACGGAAGCCACUCCUCAGUAAAAGGCACAUGACAGCCUGCUUGGAGUUUGCCAAAAGGCACCUAAAGGACUCUCAGACCAUGUCUCAGACCAUGUUUCUGGAGGAAACCUGGCACCAUCCCUUCAGUGAAGCAUGGUGAUGGCAGCAUCAUGCUGUGGGGAUGUUUUUCAGUGGCAGGGACUGGGAGACUAGUCAGGAUCGAGGGGAAAGAUGAACGGAGCAAAGUACAGAGUGAUCCUUGUUGAAAACCUGCUUCAGAGCGCUCAAGACCUCAGACUGGGGCGAAGGUUCACCUUCCAACAGGACAAUGGCCCUAAGCACACAGCCAAGACACCGCAGGAGUGGCUUCGGGACAAGUCUCUGAAUGUCCUUGAAUGGCCCAGCUAGAGCCCGGACUUGAACCCGAUCGAACAUCUCUGGAGAGACCUGAAAAUAGCUGUGCAGCGACGCUCCUCAUCCAACCUGACAGAGCUUGAGAAGAUCUGUAGAAAAUAAAUGGGAGAAACUCCCCAAAUACAGGUGUGCCAAGCUUUUAGCGUCAUACCCGAGAAGACUCUAGGCUGUAAUCGCUGCCAAAGGUGCUUCAACAAAGUACUGAGUAAAGGGUCUGAAUACUUAUGUAAAUGUAAUAUUUCAGGGGGGGGGUUUGUAUACAUUUGCAAAAAUGUCUUACAACCUGUUUUUGCUUGUUAUGGGGUAUUGUGUGUAGAUUGAUGAGGGGAAAAAAACUAUUUAAUCAAUUUUAGAAUAAGGCUGUAACGUAUGUUUGUGUAACAUCUAUAUCUUCAAGUUCUCAAUAUUGUCCUUUAUCUGCUUCCCUAGUCUUUGAAUAGUGAUGUAUUUUAGGGGCCUAAAUCAGUUUGUUGUCUCAGUGCAGGUGAAAGGUCAUCUGGUCUCUGUCUGAUCAUGACAAACAAUCAUCUGCCCCAGAGAGAUGGCUGUGAUGUUUUAUUGACUAAUCUAGUUUAUAUUGAAAAGCAGCUUUUCAGCUCAUGAGAAAUGGAGGAUGAUAGCUGUAAUACAUUUAGAAACACACAUUAAACAUUUUUGUUGCAGUCAGUGUAUCAUAUGUUUUUAAUCUAAUUCAUUGAUACUGCAUUGUCAUAAGGAUUCUGUUAUUCGACAUGACUUCUCUUGAGUUCCACUGAUUUGUCAAUCAUGGGUAGUUGUUAGAGACAGGUCUGUUGCUCAUUGGGGCAUAUUGUUUUGUUGUGCAAGAGAAUUCACUCAGGAUAGGUUGACUGGCAUGACCCAGUUCUGAAUUCUAAAAUGGAUUUGGAACUCUGAGAUUAGGAGCUAUGGUCUGUUGUAAUUAAAUGUGAUAGAGACUCAGAAAGGUAGCAGUUUCCCUGGCGGUCAUUAUUAAAUAUGCCAGUCAUAUUUUAAUCUCAGGAUUAUCUCCUGAGCAGACACACCAUUUUGGUUUUAUUGCCUGCAACCCAAAGUCCAAAUCACUCUUUUUUAUUAGUAGGAGCUGUCCUCUUCCACCCCGAAGGUAAGGCUUUAAAGGUACAAAUUUAUGAUGCACAGGAAAUUCGCGCCAUCAGUUAUCAUUGACAUGUUUGAAUGCAGUCUUUUGAAUAGCACACAUUCAUACAUUGUGAUUAGCUGUGCCUUCCCUGACAAAAGCAGCAAGAGAUUGAUUGAAUCAGCUAGAUUUUUCCGUCAGUCUUACUUCCUGAUCUCAAUGGAGAUGAAGUCUAGUGCAGGCUGCCAGCUGACUGCACGCUUCACUAUGUGAAUGGCAUCUCCCCCUGAUGGGGACGGGGAAAGAGAAGAGAGAGAGGGAAGAGAGGAUAAUCAAACUAAAUUGAUCAUCAAAUCACACGCAGGUGUAAACUUUACUGUGAAAUGCGUAUUUACGAGCCCUUUCCCAACGCAGAGUAAAAAAUUAAUAAAUAAUAGUAACACAAUAAAAUAACAUUAACAAGGCUAUAUACAAGGAGCAUCGGUACCGAGUCAAUGUGCAGGGGUACGAGAUAGUUGAGGUAAUAUGUACAUGUCAUGUAGGUAGGGGUCAAAGUGACUAGACUAUCAGGAUAGAUAAUGAACAGAGUAGCAGCAGUGUAUAUGAAGAGUGUGAAAGUGUGUCUAUGUGUGUGUGUGUGUGUGUGUGUGUAUGUGUGGGUAGCCAUUUGAUUAACUGUUCAGCAGUCUUAUGGCUUGGGGGUAGAAGUUGUUCAGGAGCCUUUUGGUCCCAGACCUGGUGCUCCAGUAUCGCUUGCCAUGCGGUAGCAGAGAGAACAGUCUAUGACGGGUGGCUGGAGUCUUUGACAAGUUUUAGGACCUUCCUCUGACACCACCUGGUAUAGAGGUCCUGGAUGGCAGGGAGCUCGGUCCCAGUGAUGUACUGGGCCGUACGCACUAUCCUCUGUUGCGCCUUACGGUCGGAUGCCAAGCAGUUUCCAUACCAAACUGUGAUGCAGCCAGUUAAGAUGCUCUCAAUGGUGCAGCUGUAUAACUUUUUGAGGAUCUGAGGGCCCAUACCAAAUCUUUUCCGUUUCCUGAGGGGGAAGAGGCGUUGUCGUGCCCUCUUCACGACCAUGAUAGGUCCUUAGUGAUGUGGAAACCGAGGAACUUGAAGCUCUAGACCCGGUCCACUACAGCCCCGACGAUGUGAAUUAGGGCGUGCUCGGCCCUCCGUUUCCUGUAGUCCACAAUCAGCUCCUUUGUCUUGCUGACGUUGUAGGAAAGGUUGUUGUCCUAGCACCACACUGCCAGGUCUCUGACCUCCUUCCUAUAGGCAGUUUCAAUGUUGUCGGUGAUCAGCCCUAACACCAUUGAGACGUGUGAUGGUAUUGGAGUCGUGUGUGGAUAAGUGGCUGGAAGCGUGAAGGCUAGGGACACUGGGACAGGGUCUAUUGUUUUGGUGGGGCGGCAGGUAGGCUAGCGGUUAAAUGCAUUGGGCCCAAGAGUGUUGGGCCAGUAACCAAAGGUCGCUGGUUUGAGUCCCCUAGGUGAAAAAUCUGUUGAUGUGCCCUCGAGCAAGGCACUUAACCCUAAUUGUGCCUGUAAUUCCCUCUGGAUAAGAGUGUCUGCUAAAUGGCAAAAUACAUUUAAUGGUGUGUCAACAGUAAUAUCUGUAAUUAUUGUCACAGUUUGUCUACGUUGUCUGGUCUUUGUUCUUUACAAAAUGUCUUAAGCCCUAUUUAUACCUGGUUCUAACAUGCAUCAAUUGUCCUGAUCUUGUCCACAUUCUGAUUGUGCUCACAUUUUCAGACAGGUGUUCCGAUUAAAAAACGCAGGAGGUAGUCAGGCACGCAUUGUGUAUGGAUAUCUUACAAGUGUAGACGGAUCUGGACAGUGAAACCAUUUAAAUCAUAAUUAUCCCGCCUACUUAAAUCAUUGACAGGUGGCACCAUUGACUUAUGGCAUCAAUGUCUUAAAAUAAAUACAUAAAUAUGAUUUUGAAAGUAUAGCUGUUAAAUAAUUGGCAUACAGUGAGGGACCAGGAAAUCUGGUCACAAUGCGUACAAAGUAGAUAGAUAUGAGACAUCUUAAUACCAUGUGUAGACAUAUUUCUGAAAAUGUGGGCACAAUUAGAAUGUGGACAAGAUCAGGACAAAGAACGCAUGUUAGAGCCAGGUAUAAACAAGGCUUUGCACUAUAGUCUGCCAAAAAUAAUGAUAGAAGUCAAAGUUCAAAAACUUAUAAAAAAGCACAGCGCUCCUCAGCAGGUCCAGCGCAUCAGCAGAUUGACUGUUUGCUUCACUGUCAAAAUGUCUGAUAUGACAAGUGCAAGUUAGGGGCCCUAAUCCCCUUUUCAGAUUAAACUGCCUACAACCAGGCGUGUUAUAGUAAGACUUAAUCUUUAAUCUUCAUGUAGAUGAGAUAUUAAUAAGCGCAAAAGUGUAUAUAUUGGUAACAGAGUAGUGCAUUUUACUGUAACUCUUGUUUGCAGUUAUCGGUUGUAUGCUUUGUCGGUCCCUCCCUUCAGAGCUUACUGGGUGCUAAUUGAGGUGACAGGGGAAAGCGCUUCCUCUGGCGCAGCGCCAGAUACGAGUGAUUUCAUGACCAGACCACAGUGCCACCUCCUGCUAAAUCUAGCAGAAGAGAGUAGGAAGGGUGUAGGAAGGGUGUAGUAAUGGCCCACUGAGUAACUGUCCAAAGGGAGAGGGAGCAUCUGAGUCAUGGUGGAUCUUUUACCACUCUUUCUGUGUGCCUGGUUUAUGCCCCAUUGCCUGCUUGAAGGUCAGAUGUACGAGUAGGACACUCAUCUUUUCCCAUUGACUGCAAUGUAUUGAGAAAAACGUCAACCCUGUGACAAUCAUCUUUUCGCAUUGAUUACAAUGUAUUCAGAAAAACAUCAGCUCCUGUGACAUUUUACCUUCAUUCAAAAACAUGCCAGGAUGACGUUUUCUUAUAUUAUGUUUCACAACCAGCUUAUUGCUGUAGUGUAUUUCUGGGAAGACCAUCUCAGUGCAGUCAGUUCCAGAUAUAGCAUUUAGCUCCUGGAUUAUGUAACUGCAGGCUGGCUAAGCAGACAGGCGAAGAGAGGUGAGAUGUUGUGGCAGGUCAUGGCUGAGCAGAACUUCAUUUGUGGACAGCAGCGGCCUCAUCUCGUAAAAUAUAGCCUACACUCACUGUCUCCUCUACUGAACUCAGACAGAGCCACAUACUGUAUGCUCAUGUCAGCUAUUGAUUCCCCAGACCCUGUAACAGGAGACAUAUUCUCUCCCUGCCCUCUUCCACUCCUCCCCUCAUCAGUAUGCUCCAAGGAGCUGCGUCGGGGAACACGCCAUUUCGGGUCUCAGGCUCUGGAGUGGACAGUCUUGCAGUCAGUAAACAUUGAUCAGGCAAACAUGUCACAUCCAUUGUAUGGUCCUUUUAUGGACCACAUGAAUAUCGCUAAGUGCACCUACUCUACUAGGUCAUAAGGCUUCCAUAUCUGAGAAAUUACCCCACUGCUCCCAUAUUAACCAUUCAAGUUAACAUAGAGAGGAUGUUUUCAAUGAGAACCAUAGCAUACUCUCAUCAGGGGAUUUGAUGACUGUAGCGUUGAGUGGGACCAGGCAUUCCUACUUCAGUGUUGUUAUUCAAUAGGUAAUGGACAGAAACUUAAAGUGGCAAUCUGCAGUUGUUACAUCCAUUUUUGGACUUAUAAAUUAAUGAUGUGAUACUAUACGCAUUGAGUCUAGAAAAAUAUAACUUAGAAAUGCCCCAUGAGCUUAGUUCAACUGUCGAACCCCAUCAGAACCGAAAAUAAGCUGGUUUUAAACAAAGUAAAUGUAAGCAAACACUAUAUAGUAGGGGUAUUCAACUCUUACCCUAUGAGGUCCAGAGCCUGCUGGUUCUCUGUUCUACCUGAUAAUUUAUUGCACACACCUGGUGUCCCAGGUCUAAAUCAGUCCCUGAUUAGAGGGGAACAAUGAAAAACUGCAGUGGAACUGGCUUUGAGGUCCAGAGUUGUGUUUGAGGGUUAUAAAACCUCAAAACAUGGUUAAAACUAUAAUUUUGAUAUCAUGGAUGGGUCAGGCCUUGCAUCCAUAGCGCAAAACUAAAACGGAAGGUCAGAUAAAGGAUUGUUUGCCUAGACCACAAAUGGGGCGCGUCAACUAAAGGUGUUAACCCUCCACAUCUCUCAAGACAACUGGAGCACUGGGCCAGCUACUCUUAAAUAGCACCUGGGACAGCACAGGUGAAACACCUUCCCACUAACGAGAUGACAAACCAGCACAGGUGUAACACAUACUGACUAAUGAGGUGACACCAAUCGGAUCACCCCACAUGCUAACGUCUAAUCUCAAAAUAUAAAUGGAAAAAACUAAGCCUGUAACAGCAGCAGCAACACAGGUAGUCUACUAGACUCUAACUAACCACCAUAUACUAAAAUAUACACACAAGCCACUAGCCAGCCAGUGAUAUAUCAUGAGUUAGAAGUUUAUGAAUAUUAUAUUAAGAAGUUAUUAUUUAAGAGCAUUGAAGAUAAAUCACAAUCAUAAAGAAUAUAUAUACAGUGAGGGAAAAAAGUAUUUGAUCCCCUGCUGAUUUUGUACGUUUGCCCACUGACAAAGAAAUGAUCAGUCUAUAAUUUUAAUGGUAGGUUUAUUUGAACAGUGAGAGACAGAAUAACAACAAAGAAAUCCAGAAAAACGCAUGUCAAAAAUGUUAUACAUUGAUUUACAUUUUAAUGAGGGAAAUAAGUAUUUGACCCCUCUGCAAAACAUGACUUAGUACUUCAAAACAUGACUUAGUACUUGGUGGCAAAACCCUUGUUGGCAAUAACAGAGGUCAGACGUUUCUUGUAGUUGUCCACCAGGUUAUCACACAUCUCAGGAGGGAUUUUGUCCCACUCCUCUUUGCAGAUCUUCUCCAAGUCAUUAAGGUUUCAAGGCUGACGUUUGGCAACUCGAACCUUCAGCUCCCUCCACAGAUUUUCUAUGGGAUUAAGGUCUGGAGACUGGCUAGGCCUCUCCAGGACCUUAAUGUGCUUCUUCUUAAGCCACUCCUCUGUUGCCUUGGCCGUGUGUUUUGGGUCAUUGUCAUGCUGGAAUACCCAUCCACGACCUAUUUUCAAUGACCUGGCUGAGGGAAGGAGGUUCUCUCCCAAGAUUUGACGGUACACGGCCCCGUCCAUCGUCCCUUUGAUGCGGUGAAGUUGUCCUGUCCCCUUAGCAGAAAAACACCCCCAAAGCAUAAUGUUUCCACCUCCAUGUUUGACGGUGGGGAUGGGGUUCUUCGGGUCAUAGGCAGCAUUCCUCCUCCUCCAAACAUGACGAGUUGAGUUGAUGCCAAAGAGCUCCAUUUUGGUCUCAUCUGCCACAACACUUUCACCCAGUUCUCCUCUGAAUCAUUUAGAUGUUCAUUGGCAAACUUCAGACGGGCAUGUAUAUGUGCUUUCUUGAGCAGGGGGACCUUGCUGGCGCUGCAGGAUUUCAGUCCUUCACGGCGUAGUGUGUUACCAAUUGUUUUCUUGGUGACUAUGGUCCCAGCUGCCUUGAGAUCAUUGACAAGAUCCUCCCAUGUAGUUCUGGGCUGAUUCCUCACCGUUCUCAUGAUCAUUGCAACUCCACGACAUGAGAUCUUGCAUGGAGCCCCAGGCCGAGGAAGAUUGACAGUUGUUUUGUGUUUCUUCCAUUUGCAAAUAAUGUCACCAAACUGUUGUCAGCCCAUUCCAGCCUUGUGUAGGUCUACAAUCUUGUCCCUGACAUCCUUGGAGAGCUCUUUGGUCUUGGCCAUGGUGGAGAGUUUGCAAUCUGAUUGAUUGCUUCUGUGCACAGGUGUCUUUUAUACAGGUAACAAGCUGAGAUUAGGAGCACUCCCUUUAAGAGUGUGCUCCUAAUCUCAGCUCGUUACCUGUAUAACAGACACCUGGGAGCCAGAAAUCUUUCUGAUUGAGAGGGGGUCAAAUACUUAUUUCCCUCAUUAAAAUGCAAAUCAAUUUAUACAAUUUUUGACAUGCGUUUUUCUGGAUUUUUUUUUUGUUAUUCUGUCUCUCACUGUUCAAAUAAACCUACCAUUGAAAUUAUAGACUGAUCAUUUAUUUGUCAGUGGGCAAACGUACAAAAUCAGCAGGGGAUCAAAUACUUUUUUCCCUCACUGUAUAUAGAGCUAGCUAACUAGCAGAUGGGUGCCCUUUUUUCAUUUUGAGCACCUGCACCAUGAAAGGUCUGUGCACGGCCCUGAUUUGCAGUCCACAUUCACUGUCUUUUUUGUGUGUCUUUCACUCUGUUACUUUUGGAUUUAUUAAGUUCCUUCCUCUGAAGCUCUAUAGGCUGUAUAACAUUCACCUCUGCACCGCCACACAUUGUUCACAGGCCUCUGUUCUGAAUAUGCCAGCUGCCGUCAGGCACUGCUACACAUUUUCUUUAUGUGCUAGCACCACAGAGACUGUAUUAUAAUACUUCAAUGCCUUUUGUAGAGGAACUCAGGAGCUACAAAGGCAUGUACAGUCGUGGUCAAAAGUUUAGAGAAUGACACAAGUAUUGGUCUUCACAAAGUUUGCUGCUUCAGUGUUUUUAGAUAUUUUUGUCAGAUCUUACUAUGGUAUACUGAAGUAUAAUUACAAGCAUUCCAUAAGUGUCAAAGGCUUUUAUUGAUAAUUACAUUGACAUUAAGAGUCAAUAUUUGCAGUGUUGACCCUUCUUUUUCAAGACCUCUGCAUUCCGCCCUGGCAUGCUGUCAAUUAACUUCUGGGCCACAUCCUGACUGAUGGCAGCCCAUUCUUGCAAAAUCAAUGCUUGGAUUUUGUCCGAAUUUGUGGGUUUUUGUUUGUCCACCCACCUCUUGAGGAUUGACCAAGUUCUCAAUGGGUUUCCUUGCAGGUAACCAUGGUUAACAGAGGAAGAACAAUGAUUUCAAGCACCACCCUCCUUUUAAAGCUUCCAGUCUUUUAUUCUAACUCAAUCAGCAUGACAGAGUGAUCUCUAGCCUUGUCCUCGUCAACACUCUCACCUGUGUUAACGAGAGAAUCACUGACAUGAUGUCAGCUGGUGCUUUUGUGGCAGGGCUGAAAUGCAGUGGAAAUGUUUUUUGGGGAUUAAGUUCAUUUUCAUGGCAAAGAGGGACUUUGCUAUUAAUUGCAAUUCAUCUGAUCACUCUUCAUAACAUUCUGGAGUACAUGCAAAUUGACAUCAUAAAAACUGAGGCAGCAGACUUUGUGAAAAUUUAUAUUUGUGUAAUUCUCAAAACGUUUGACCACGACUGUAGUUCAUCAGAUGGGGGAGGUGGUUGAGCAGCUGAAGAUCUCAAUGAGGCAUUGUGGGAUUCCGGGACAAAUUACAAAUGACAUGAGAAGUCUGAGAUACCAUUCCCUUAGUGAUGCGACCUGCAACAAAAGUUGUACUUUUCUCUAGUAUAGUGUUAGAGGUGAAAUUGGGGCACUGUAUUGAUUGCAUUGUAGGCUACUAUGAUUUCAGUACUGCCAAAGGCAUAUUGUUUAUGAAGCUACUGGGAUGGAUAAUAGGACUCUAAACUAUGCAUUCAAAUUUGGAGAAAUUAAUUUAAAAAGAACAGACGUGCAUGCUGUGUGUGUUUGUGUCGUAGGCAGGAGCAUCGUCCAUGUGGGCUUCAUGCUGCGGGCUGCUGAAUGAGGUGAUGGGCACAGGGACGGUGCGCGGGCAGCAGCCAGGGUUCGGGGCUGGGGCGGGGCCCUUCCGCUUUGCCCCCAGCGCUGGGUACUCCACAUACCCCCCCACCAGCUCAGGGAGUGCAGGUCAGCUCUGCAAGGCCUGUGGACUGGCCUUCUCUGUCUUCAGGCGCAAGGUAGGUGGUGAUGAGGUUGAUGACGAUAGCGUGUAAAAAGAUGAUGGUGAUGAUGAGGAGUAGGAAGAACACUGUGCCCCUUAUAAAUAAACUAAUAAAACUCUAACUUCCAUAUGAAAUACUCAAUCAUACUGGCCACACCAGGGCACCAUCUUAGACUGCAGACAGGUAAAUGGCAGAGUGUAUCUAGGCUUUGACUGACAGUGUGGCAUGCUGGGACAGCGAUGAAAGCCCCUGGAAGGUUCAGCGUUCUCCCAGCUUCCAGACUCAGAAUGCUCUAUCAGCCCGCUCAUACCUGUUGCCAUGCCGAUGGUAGGUUAAAUCCCGGGAUAUAUUGUACCCACACGUGUGUGUGUGUGUGUGUGUGUGUGUGUGUGUGUGUGUGUGUGUGUGUGUGUGUGUGUGUGGCUCAGGUCGAUAUCUGUGUCAAGAAAGGAGAGGUUCUGGGGGACUAGCACAGAUGAUUGAUGAAUGGAUCUGUCAGAGUGUGAAUGUCCUCUUUCUGGUUCGCAGCUCAUUUGCAAUGCACACCAAUGAUAUGGAAAUAAUUUCUGGCCAUAUCCCACCUUUUCUGUCUCCAUUCAGACUACCUGUCAGUCAAUUCAUCUGAAUUUCCUCAGUAAACCAAGAUAAGCUUGUAAAGGUCAGGAAUAGCUGGACAAUAUUCCAUAUAGUAUUAUUUAGCUUGUCUGUGCCAAAUGGGAUAAGGUCAUCGUCUUUCCUAGGACAUAGUGACAUCAUCGGGAAUGAGUCCUUGUUUUGGAAAGCUGUUGUCUGGUAGAUUUGGCAGAGCCCUCUCAUUAGUUGUAAUUAAGAGUUCUAAAACCAGGAUAGUUAAUUGACUCCAUGAUGCCAAUAAUUAAUUAAAUCUAGUAAGGAAUUGAUCAGGAGGAAUGGACAUGACAGGCUGAUGGGAUCGCCUCUCUUCUAAAUGUGUGUGGUGAGUGUCUCUCUCUACAGUGCCUUGCAAAAGUAUUCAUCCCCCUUGGCGUUUUUCCUAUUUUGUUGCUUUACAACCUGUAUUUAAAUGGAUUUUUAUUUGGAUUUCAUGUAAUGGACAUACACAAAAUAGUGAAAUUAAAAAAAAUCUAAAAUAUUAAUCACAGAAAAGUGGUGCGUGCAUAUGUAUUCACCCCCUUUGCUAUGAAGCCCCUAAAUAAUAUCUGGUGCAACCAAUUACCUUCAGAAGUCACAUAAUUAGUUAAAUAAAGUCCACCUGUGUGCAAUCGAAGUGUCACAUGAUCUGUCACAUGAUCUCAGUAUAUAUACACCUGUUCUGAAAGGCCCCAGAGUCUGCAACACCACUAAGCAAGGGGCACCACCAAGCAAGCUGCACCAUGAAGACCAAGGAGCUCUCCAAACAGGUCAGGGACAAAGUUGUGGAGAAGUAUAAAUCAGGUUUGGGUUAAAAAAAAAAAUAUCAGAAACUUUGAACAUCCCAUGGAGCACCAUUAAAUCCAUUAUUAAAACAUUUAAAGAAUAUGGCACCACAACAAACCUGCCAAGAGAGGGCUGCCCACCAAAACUCACGGACCAGGCAAGGAGGGCAUUAAUCAGAGAGGCAACAAAGAGACCUCUGUAGCUCAAUUGGUAGAGCAUGGCGCUUGUAACGCCAGGGUAGUGUGUUCGAUCCCCGGGACCACCCAUACGUAAAAAUUUAUGCACACAUGACUGUAAGUCGCUUUGGAUAAAAGCGUCUGCUAAAUGGCAUAUUAUAUUAUUAUUAUAACCCUGAAGGAGCUGCAAAGCUCCACAGCGGAGAUUGGAGUAUCUGUCCAUAGGACCACUUUAAGCCGUACACUCCACAGAGCUGGGCUUUACAGAAGAGUGGCCAGAAAAAAGUCAUUGCUUAAAGAAAAAAUAAGCAAACACGUUUGGUGUUCGCCAAAAGACAUGUGGGAGACUCCCCAAACAUAUGGAAGAAGGUACUCUGGUCAGAUGAGACUAAAAUUGAGCUUUUGGGCCAUCAAGGAAAACGUUAUGUCUGGCACAAACCCAACACCUCUCAUCACCCCGAGAACACCAUCCCCAGUGAAGCAUGGUGGUGGCAGCAUCAUGCUGUGGGGAUGUUUUUCAUCGGCAGGGACUGGGAAACUUGUCAGGAAUGAUGGCUGGCGCUAAAUACAGGGAAAUUCUUGAGGGAAACCUGUUUCAGUCUUCCAGAGAUUUGAGACUGGGACGGAGGUUCACCUUCCAGCAGGACAAUGACCCUAAGCAUACUGCUAAUGCAACACUCGAGUGGUUUAAGGGGAAACAUUUAAAUGCCUUGGAAUGGCCUAGUCAAAGCCCAGACCUCAAUCCAAUUGAGAAUCUGUGGUAUGACUUAAAGAUUGCUGUACACCAGCAGAACCCAUCCAACUUGAAGAAGCUAGAGCAGUUUUGCCUUGAACAAUGGGCAAUAAUCCCAGUGGCUAACAUUUUUUACAUCUUCAAAGUGGUUAGGCAUGUUGUGUAAAUCAAAUGAUACAAACCCCCCCAAAAAAUUGUACGGCAACAAAAUAGAAAAAAUGCCAAGGGGGGUGAAUACUUUCGUAAGCCACUGUAUCUCUAUAUCUCGCUCUGUCUCUCUCUCGCUUUCUCUCAGCACAUAUGCUCGGACUGUAAGAAAAGUUUCUGCGCCCUGUGCUCGGUGCUGCAAGAGAACCUCCGCUGCUGCACCACCUGCCACCUCCUGCGCAGCACGGCCUUCCAGAGACCACAGCUCAUGGCGCUUCGCGUUAAAGACCUGCGCCAGUACCUGCUGCUGCGCAACAUCCCUACAGACACCUGCAGGGAGAAGGAGGACCUGGUUGACCUGGUGCUCUGCCACCAGGAAGCUGGGGAAAACACCUUGACGCAAGGAGGUGUAGAGGAAGAGGAGGAAGAGGAGGAGGAGGAGGAGGAAGAAGAGGAGGAGGAGGAGGAUGCAGACACGGACAGCCUCCACUCGCUCCCCCACUCCAUCCACGCCUCGCCCCCCUCAGCCGCACGACACUCCGUCUCGGAGCAGUCGUCUCUCUCCACCUCGGAACAGUCGGCUCUCUCCGCCUCUCAGGGAGACACUCCUCUCAGCCGGAGUGACAGCUCAGGGACCGCUCAGAGCCUGGUAUGACUACACACACACAUAACACACACACACGCAUGCAAACAUUCAUGCACACACACACACACACUCACAAACACAACUUGGUCCCAUUCCCCAUACCGUUACCAUCUUCCCUGCUCUUUUGACAUCUGUCCUUCUUGUAUCAAAGCUAAUUAAUGUUAAGCUUGAUAAGCACAUGGCAUGGAUGUGGGAAACAUAUUUGUCAGUGUGAAGUAGAGUUGUCACAGCUAAGCAUAACAAUCAACAACGAGCAAUUGCUACUCUAGUGAAUGUAAAUGGUUUAUGAUUGUCGACAGCCCUGCUGAAAGUAACCCCUUCGAUAACCAUUUAGACUAAAUAUAGGAGCAUAAAAAGCUUACAAGCAUUCUAGUAAUUGCAGUAUAGUUUAUUGCAGUCAGGCCCUGUUCUUUGGAGCCAGUCUGAUACAGUCUGGUGCUUUGUGUGUUUGACAUGAAUGAAGGGCUUCACUCACACAGAUCAUCUGCUACAUUCAUAUUUCAUACUGCACAAUUUCAGUAUUUUCUAUGAUCUGACAUCCAGCUGCUCUCCAGCUGCUCUUACAGUGCAACCAUGGGAGCUGCAGCCAGUCAUCAACAGCCAGGGCUUAAACCCUUCGCUUUUUUUAGGCCUGUCAUGCUGUUGGUUAUGUAACAACGCUCAGGCUGACUUUCGAUUCCACUCAACAGCACAGCUGUAAUUGAAAAGAGAGAGAAAGACAACAAUACUGCUCACAUCUCUGUCCGUGGGAUCAUUUUGGCCUAAACAUCAAAAUCCUCCACUCCUAUUGUAAUGCUUAAAAGCUAAAGGAUCAAAUUAGUGGCUUAGCUGGUGCCUGGUGGUAGUGCAGUUGUUCGGUUGUGGUGUUGUCAGUUGUUAGAGCUGGGCUGGGGAUGCUAGCACGCCACGAACAGGCCUGCUGAUGCAUUAUUAACACAGGUGCAUACUGGCAGCCUGCGGCUGAUUGGUCCAGUGGAAUGAACAUCAGCCUCCCCCGACCCCCUAUAGACCCAGCCGUCAUCGUGAUGUCACACCAGAAGAAUGGCUUACCCCUGCACCAUUAGCUAAUUGCUUGUUGUGCGGUGGUCCGGUGGAGGGGAGGAGAGGAGAGAGGAGGGGAUGAGUAGGCUACUCUCAUGAUCAUUGCUGUUUUAUGUCCUUUCGUCAUUGCACAUAAAGGGCUGAGUUAAUGCAGGGCAAUACGCCACAAGGUAAACACAUUCUAAUCAGACUCACUCUGUGUUUUUGCUGCAUCCCUGCCAAGACCAUUGGAUUCUGGUUGCAGGCAAACUCCUAAUAUAGUUAUCAUAUUCAAAGGGAAUAGUUAACCAAUCAGUUAAGAUUAGAAGAAGCAAAUGGUGCUGAAUGCUAAAUGUAACAUGGUACUUUUAGAGGAUACGCCUACAGUGAGGGAAAAAAGUAUUUGAUCCCCUGCUGAUUUUGUACGUUUGCCCACUGACAAAUAAAUGAUCAGUCUAUCAUUUUAAUGGUAGGUUUAUUUGAACAGUGAGAGACAGAAUAACAACAACAAAAUCCAGAAAAAUGCAUGUCAAAAAUGUUAUAAAUUGAUUUGCAUUUUAAUGAGGGAAAUAAGUAUUUGACCCCCUCUCAAUCAGAAAGAUUUCUGGCUCCCAGGUGUCUUUUAUACAGGUAACGAGCUGAGAUUAGGAGCACACUCUUAAAGGGAGUGCUCCUAAUCUCAGCUUGUUACCUGUAUAAAAGACACCUGUCCACAGAAGCAAUCAAUCAAUCAGAUUCCAAACUCUCCACCAUGGCCAAGACCAAAGAGCUCUCCAAGGAUGUCAGGGACAAGAUUGUAGACCUACUGUCACAAGAAUUUCUAUCUCUAAUUAAUCAAACUUAAUGCUCUGAAUAAUUCCCAGAGGGUGUAAGGCUCUGGUUUAAUCAUGAAUUAAACAAAGGUCCACAACCAGCAAGAAUGAUCUGUAUGUUUAAUCAUGGAGAGCUCUGCCGCCAAAAAACACAUAUACAGCUUUUAUACUUCACACAAAGGCACUUUGCUCCGCCCACCUUUAGGAGGCCUUUAACCAGUUUCUCAGUCCCCUUCAUCCUGGAAUGUUUGUCUCAGCAGUUUCUAACUCACCCCCUCUGUUAGUGGGUUCAUAAUGAUAACCCUAACACAGUUCACACAGUCAUCAUCAGUAUUGGGGUUAACAAUUUUUGUCAUAAUCAUAAUUUCUCUAUCACCUACACAAGGCUGGAAUGCGCUACAAGACCAUCGCCAAGCAGCUUGGUGAGAAGGUGACAACAGUUGGUGCGAUUAUUCGCAAAUGGAAGAAACACAAAAGAACUGUCAAUCUCCCUUGGCCUGGGGCUCCAUGCAAGAUCUCACCUCGUGGAGUUGCAAUGAUCAUGAGAACGGUGAGGAAUCAGCCCAGAACUACACGGGAGGAUCUUGUCAAUGAUCUCAAGGCAGCUGGGACCAUAGUCACCAAGAAAACAAUUGGUAACACACUACGCCGUGAAGGACUGAAAUCCUGCAGCGCCCGCAAGGUCCCCCUGCUCAAGAAAGCACAUAUACAGGGCCAUCUGAAGUUUGCCAAUGAACAUCUAAAUGAUUCAGAGGAGAACUGGGUGAAAGUGUUGUGGUCAGAUGAGACCAAAAUCGAGCUCUUUGGCAUCAACUCAACUCGGCGUGUUUGGAGGAGGAGGAAUGCUGCCUAUGACCCCAAGAACACCAUCCCCACCGUCAAACAUGGAGGUGGAAACAUUAUGUUUUGGGGGUGUUUUUCUGCUAAGGGGACAGGACAACUUCACCGCAUCAAAGGGACGAUGGACGGGGCCAUGUACUGUCAAAUCUUGGGUGAGAACCUUCCCUCAGCCAGGGCAUUGUAAAUUGGUCUUGGAUGGGUAUUCCAGCAUGACAAUGACCCAAAACACACAGCCAAGGCAACAAAGGAGUGGCUCAAGAAGAAGCACAUUAAGGUCCUGGAGUGGCCUAGCCAGUCUCCAGACCUUAAUCCCAUAGAAAAUCUGUGGAAGGAGCUGAAGGUUCGAGUUGCCAAACGUCAGCCUCGAAACCUUAAUGACUUGGAGAAGAUCUGCAAAGAGGAGUGGAACAAAAUCCCUCCUUAGAUGUGUGCAAACCUGGUGGCCAACUACAAGAAAUGUCUGACCUCUGUGAUUGCCAACAAGGGUUUUGCCACCAAGUACUAAGUCAUGUUUUGCAGAGGGGUCAAAUACUUAUUUCCCUCAUUAAAAUGCAAAUCAAUUUAUAACAUUUCUGACAUGCGUUUUUGUGGAUGUUUUUGUUGUUAUUCUGUCUCUCACUGUUCAAAUAAACCUACCAUUAAAAUUAUAGACUGAUCAUACCUUUGUCAGUGGGCAAACGUACAAAAUCAGCAGGGGAUCAAAUACUUUUUUCCCUCACUGUACAUACAUACAUACAUACAUACAUACAUACAGUGCCUUGCGAAAGUAUUCACCCCCCUUGGCGUUUUUCCUUCAGACAUUUUAAGAGAGACAUCAAAUAUGAAUUAGAGUUUUGAAAUUUACAGCAAACUGUACUAUUUUUAUUUCCCUCUGAUGGAUGUUUAGUAUGACUCAAAAGCACUGCAAGUGCAUGUCUAGUGAUUACAGCACCUCUGGUGGUGUUUUAUAGAAGUUCUGAUUUGUGGGAGAAAGGGUGAGGAGCGUCAGACAACACAAGUAUUUCAAAACUGUCAUAUCUGCUCCAGUACUGUUUCUAAAACUGCUGUUGAUCCCCUUUUGUGUUGUGUUUUGUUUCCAGGAGCAUGGGGAAUCUCCGACCAUCCCCCUCCUUCACCUGGAACCUGCCAGUGUACCUAUCAUAGAGGUGAGACGACCAGCCCUUUACCUCAAUCUGCCUCUGUCCUUUGUCUCCACCUCAUGUAUUUAACUGAAGAGAAAUCACUGACCCACUCUUGUGAGAGCAUUCACUUGGUCAGUUGUAUUGCCUCAAUGACCAUGGUGUGACCAAACCUAGUUAUAAUUGAACUUUUUGUUUCCUGAAGUGCCUCCUCUUUUAUCUCUGUAGGUCAGUCCAGUGACACAGAGGAGGAUGCGGGCCUCUCUAUCUGACCUGGACAAUGAAGGGGACAUUGAGAGCCUGUCUGUCCGGCAGCUCAAAGAGAUUCUGGCCCGUAACUUUGUCAACUACUCUGGCUGCUGUGAGAAGUGGGAGCUGAUAGAGCGGGUCCAUCGGCUCUACAGGGAGAACGAGCUGAACAGGAAGUCCAGUAAGCACCACGUUGAAUCAUUUUAGCCCUCCUAUACCAACUAACCUAACCUUAACUAGAACACUACUGAUCCUGUUGAUAACAACCUUCAUAGCUUAUCAAUCUCCAGUUCAAACCUAGUUUGAACAAUAGAGAAACUGUCCAAGUUAAAACAUUUUUCUUUGAUUUGGUCCAGAUACACAAUAUUAAAGAUGUAUUUCUGUAUUUUCUUCCAGUGGAAAAUGUCAGCAACAUCAACAGCAUGACCGCAGGUGAGGGCAUUCAAUACUGUUUUGUUGGGUUGUAUUGUUUAUUACAUGAUGCACAUAUAUUUGAGUUGUGUACAGGAAAUGACUGUACAGGAAAUGACUGUGUACAGGAAUUGUGUACAGGAAAUGACUGUGUACAGGAAUUGUGUACAGGAAAUGACUGUGUACAGGAAAUGACUGUGUACAGGAAUUGUUCUUAUACUAUGUGAGGAGGAAGAAUUGGAGUAAGAGCUUGUAUCCUAUUAGAAUCACUAAUGGCUGUUUUGUCACUGCCCCUUUCCUUCUGUAAAUAAAGUGGUGUCAUAUCCUCCGCCUAUCUGCAAUGGUGCAGUGGAAGGUAAAGCACUGUGCAUGUGUAAAGGCAUGUCUAACUCCACCAUUAUCCCACCUGCAAAACCAUCACUGUCUUGAAAUACAACUCUCCAUAUUGAUGCAUGCUGAAGUCUUAUUUUUCCUGUUCGAUCCCGACCAGAACAUUUUUCCCUGCAUGGUCACAUUGCUUAAUUUUUUUAUGUGCUUCUCAUUUCCAUCAUAUCAUUGGUCCUGAAGGCUUGUCGUUCAUCCUGUCGUUAAUGUGAUCCCUAUUUACCUCUUUACGACCCAUCAUUUUAUUUCAGGUUGAAUUACAUGUAUCAGUACAGGUCUUUGAGACACCCUUCAUAAUAAUAUAAAGGUCUUAAGGAUGGUAUAAUCCCCUCCUGAGUAAUACGCUAUGUGCUGUUCUGAGAGAGACCACCUCAUCCUGCUGUCUAACUGGCUAUUUGGGCACUACAUCAUCAUGUACAGCAGGGUUCUUCAAUUCCGGUCCUGGAGGGCCGAAACACCUCUGUUUUUCAUCCUCUCCUUCUAAUCAGGGGCUAAUUCAGACCUGGGACACCAGGUGAGUGCAAUUAACUACCAGGUAGAAAUAAAAAACAGAAGUGUUUCGGCCCUCCAGGACCGGAAUUGAAGAACCCUGAUGUACAGUAUGUGAAUGAGCCUAGAGAAGACAGCCAUCCUCAGGCUGUGAGCUCCGUAGAGUAAUACUGUUUUCUCAGGCGUUGUUUUUCUCCACAGACGGUGUGAAGGCUCAGCUGGCCUCUGAUGACCACCUGUGUCGCAUCUGCAUGGACGCUGUGAUCGACUGUGUGCUGCUGGAGUGCGGUCACAUGGUCACCUGUACUAAAUGUGGGAUGAGGAUGAGCGAGUGCCCCAUCUGCAGGCAGUACGUGGUGCGGGCCGUGCACGUCUUCAAGUCUUAA